UAGUGGACAAAACCCUUUUUUUGAUAAACCCCAAACCCUUACACCUACGUUUUCAUUUCCUUCUCCUUUGGAGCUCUUUCAUUCUCAAGCUGCGCCCUUUUUCUUUCUUCUCCAAGCGCAUACUCUGAUAUCUUCAUUGGAGAAGCUUCUGAGCUUUUCCUCCUCCAAUGAAGCAGCUUCUGAGCUUCAAAGGAAGGUUCAAUAACUGGGACAUCCUUAUUAGGAAUAGUCGUAAGUGUAUAUAUCGCAACAUACACAAUACCAGUCACCCUCCUUAUAUUAGUGGUACAUAUGAUGUACUUCAAGCAAGUUGUUUUCAGCAUUGGUUCAAGAACUGGCAGAAUUUAAGAAAGAACAAGCUUACUGCAAGCACUUUUAGCUCUGCAAUUGGGUUUUGGCCUCAUAGGAGAGUUCAAUUGUGGUUAGAGAAGAUAGGGGCGAUUGAACCCUUUUCUGGUAAUCUUGCGACCUGUUAUAACAAUAUCAAUGAGGAGGAAGCUCUGGAACGGUACAAGAUAUUAACUGACAAGUCUGUUGUGUUUCCUAAAUUUCAAAUUCUUAAUAACAAUAACUUUAAUGGUGAUGGUUGGCUUGGUGCCUCUCCUGAUGGGGUUGUUGAAGAAAAUGUUUAUGGUUUGCCAUCGGAGGGAGUGUUGGAGAUUAAGUGCCCCUUCUUUGAUGGUGAUAUUAACAAAGCUUUCCCUUGGAAGCGGAUCCCACUUUAUUGUAUGCCACAGGCACAAGGUCUGAUGGAGAUACUGGAUAGGGAUUGGAUGGAUCUCUAUGUUUGGACCCCAAAUGGAAGCAGUUUGUUUAGGCUGUAUCGAGAUGUUGAAUAUUGGGAUGCUAUAAAGACAGCUUUAGAUGAUUUCUGGUGGAAUCAUGUCCAGCCAGCAAAGGAGCUGUACAGUAAGUCUAAGUUCACUGAUCCCUUGACUCAAUUAAGGUCUCUAAAACCAGAGCCCCGACAUGAAUUAUGUAGUUAUAUUGUUUAUGAAAGCAAGCAUCUUGUGGACAAUAAAUCUAUGCUAUUGUGGCGUGAAAUUCAUGGCAAAAUACAAGAUUGUUGAAGUCA